GAGAGCACCCUCAGUAAAUUUGCAGAUACCCAGUUGGGUGGGAGUGUGGAUCUGCUGGAGGAUGGGAAAGCUCUGCAGUGAGACUUGGACAGACUCCAUCAGUGGGCCAAGGACAAGGGCGUGAGGUUCCCCAAGGCCAAGUGGCACAUCCUGCAGGUCACCAGCCGCCUCAGUGUGAGGCCAGGUGUGCCCAAGGGGGCAAGAGGCCAAUGGCACCUGGCCUGUAUCAGCAGCAGUGUGGGCAGCAGGACCAGGCCAGCGCCUGCCCCUCUGUGCUGGGCACUGCUGAGACCACACCUCGAGUGCUGUGCCCAGCUCUGGGCCCCUCGUGAAAAAGGGCACUGAGGGGCUGAGUGUGUCCAGAGAAGGGCAGCAAGGCUCACGAAGGGUCUAGAAAACAUGCCCCAUGAGGAGUAGCUGAGGGAGCUGGGUUUGUUCCGUCUGGAGAAGAGGGAGGGAGGGACCUCACCGCUCCCUCCAACUCCCUGACAGGAGCGUGCAGUGAGGUGGGGCCGCUCUCUUCUGCUGGGCCUGCAGUGAGAACCAGAGGAAGUGGCCUCACGUUGAGAGGAAAUUCAGGUUAGAUUUUAGAAAAACAAUUUUUCACUGUUCAGGCGUUCAGGCCUGGGAAUAGGUUGGUCAGGGAGGUGGUGGAGUUGCCAUCCCUAGAGGUGUUAAAGAGGCCUCUGGAUCUGACACUGGGAAAUGGUUUAGUGGUUUAGGGUUUGCAGUGGCAGUGCUGGGCUGACGUUGAACUGGAUGGUCUUAAAGAUCUCUUUCACCCCUGACGCUUCUACAAUUCCAAGUGCUUCCCGCCUGGCUGAGCGGAAAGCUCAGGGCUGUCCCGAGUCCGAGGGCGGCCGCGCCCUGAGGCGCUCGGGCGGCGCUGCGGCUGCGGCGUCUCCUGAGGGGCCGGGCCGGGCGCUGCCCUCAGCCGGCGAUCCCACCCCUCAGUCCGGCGAUCCUUCAGUCGGGCGAUCCCAUCCCUUAGCCCGCAGAUCCCACCCUUCAGCCCGGUGGGGCCUCCGUUGUCCUUCAGCCUGCAGAUCCCAUCCCUCAGCCCGGCGAUCCUGUCCCUCAGCCUGGCAAUCCCACCCCUCAGCCCGGCGAUCCUUCCGUCCAGCAAUCCCAUCCCUCAGCCCAGCGGGGCCGCCGCUGUCCCUCAGCCCGGAGAUCCCACCCCUCAGCCCAGCGUUCCCAUCUCUGAGCCCGGCGAUCCCACCCCUCAGCCCGCAGAUCCCACCCCUCAGCCGGGCAGCGCUCGGCAGUGGGCACCCUCCUCGCCCUGGCGUCUGCCCGGAGCCACCCGCGCCGCCGGAUCACAGAACAAGAACAGAGAUAAAACAAAAAUGAACACUCAAGAGGUGCAGGUAAAUCAGUGUGACUUGAAAACAGAUCUAAACUUACUACUUGAAUGCCUUAAAUAUCAGAUGGACUGCCCUCUGUCUCAGAAGGAGGCUUUGAUCACUAUCUAUUCCAUUUGCCAACAAAACAGUGAAGCGAGCGAAUACUUUCGAGAAAUUGGUGGUUUGAUGUUUAUAAAUGACCUUGCCAAGUCGAGUGCUCAUGGCAUCGUGAAGGAAGCAGCUUUAUUUACAUUGGGGAUUAUUAUAGAGAGUAAUGUGUAUUGUCAGCAGACUUUGUGUACUUCUGCAUUGUUUGAAGACCUCAUUUUAUUUUUAAUUAAAAAGGAUUCUGGUGUGAACUUGAAAAGAAUGUCUGUUUAUGUCAUCUUAGUACUGGUUUCAAAUAAUAAAAACGGGCAAACCUGUGUCAGAGAUACAGGCUGCAUCAGCCUGCUGCUGCAGUUAUUCAGAACAACUCUCUCCACCUCUGAGAAGAACGUGUCAGAUGAAAACACUGAUCCCUGCUAUCAGCUCUGGUCCUCAGUGUGCAGCACUCUCUGUGCCUGUGUCAACAACCCCCAGAACGAAGAUAAUCAAAACAUUUGCUGUUCGGUUUUUCCCUAUGCCAAGGAGUGGCUCGAGAGUUGCACAGAGCCUGAGAUAGUUCGUCCCAUUUGCUCAUUUCUUGGUCUCACAGUUGCAAAUAACUCAUAUGUGCAGAAAUAUUUUGCUUCUAUCGGAGGCUUGGAUACAUUAGCCAAGGUUCUCCUUGAGCUUAUGCAUGAUUCCUGUUUGAGUCACUCCAGCGUGAAACUUGCAGUGGUAGUAACAAAGACUCUGGAUGCCUGCAUUGCUAAUAACUCUGCCAUGGGUGUUGUCUUGGCAAAGUAUCACACUGUGUCAGAGCUGCUGAAGCUGCUGUCCAACGAGACACUGAGCACAGGAGAAAAAGUCAGUAUUAUUCUAACAAUUGGACACUGUACUGAAGUUUGUGAAGAAAACCAGUGUGAGCUGCUUCAGAACAAUGGUCUGCCACUUAUGAUUCAGGUAUUGACAGAAUCUCAGGACGAGGAACUCAUCAAAGCUGCUACUUUUGUGCUGCAGAACUGCAAACAAAUGACUGAACAGUUGUCUCUGAAAUUAUAUGAUAACUCAUUAAAUGUGAAGAAUGCAGAAGAAUUGGACGUACAAGUGAGAAAAAGAUGUCUGCAAGACUACUGGAAGAAAGCAAAAGAAAUUUUACACAGAAUAAACUCAAUUGAAAAACAGCAAGAUGAGGACAUUAUUGAGACUGGUAGAACAAUGAAAGCUCUGCUUUCAAAAAUGAAAGACAAGAAACCAAGGAUGGUAAAAGUCGUAAGGUACAAGGAUAUAGCCACUAACUAACAUAUUCAACUCAUUUGGGUGAAUAGUCAGUGUAUGCUGACAGGUGCUUAUUUGGCUUGAAGUUUGGGAGGGGAGGAAGCAAAUGCAGGAGGUAAUCCUUAUCCAGCUGCUGAAAAAUUAAGUGUUUCUUAAACUGGGAAAUUUACCCGUGCACUACCAUCUUCACUGCUCAAAUUCAUAAAAACAAGGUUUUAUGGCUCUUCCCAUGUAGUCCAUAAAGUCUGAUGGAUUCCCUAUUUCUUACUUUAUGUUUGAAGGAAAUUCAUCUCUUUCCGUAGGUUUUCUAACACCACCUCAGUUGCCUCAAUACUAGAAUGACAACACUCAGAAAAUUUCUUAAUAUCCUCAAUAUUUCUUAAUAGUUUCCAGAAUCUAAGAGUCUGUCAGCACUGGGAAGGUGACUUCAGGUAGCAUUCUCGAUCUGCUUUUAGUAGAUCUCUAAAAGGAAAUUUUGUGGAACAUCCCUUGUGUCUCUUAAGUAACCGCAAUGCUUUAUGAAAACAGUUGCUUUAAGCAUCAGUUAUUCAGACAGUCCUUCUAGUAACUCUCCAGGAGCUUCUCAGUUUCU